AUGUAAGCAAAUAAACAUGAAGAAUAAACAGCUUAAAAGAUAUCGAGAGCAAUUUAAUUAAUUAAUGAUCCUGAUUUAUAAAUGUAGUUUAAACCAAAUAAAAAAUUGAUUAUAUUAUAGAAAAUAGCAGAAGAAAAAAUUAGAAGAAAUGUAAUCAUUCUUAAAAUCAUUUGUAAUUAAUGA